AUGGAGGCUCUCCCCAAGGCCCUGGAGGUCAACGAGAAGUCUCCAGAAUCCAAGGACCUGCUGCCCAGCCAGACCGCCAGCUCCCUGUGCAUCAGCUCCAGAAGUGAGUCUGUCUGGACCACCCACCCCCGGAGUAACUGGGAAAUCUACCGCAAGCCCAUCGUCAUCAUGUCCGUGGGCGGUGCCAUCCUCCUCUUCGGUGUGGUCAUCACCUGCUUGGCCUACACCCUGAACCUGGGUGAUAAGAGCCUCAAGGUCCUUAAGAUGAUAGGGCCUGCCUUCCUGUCUCUGGGACUCAUGAUGCUGGUGUGCGGGCUGGUGUGGGUGCCCAUCAUCAAAAAGAAACAGAAGCAGAGACAGAAGUCAGUUUUCUUCCAGAGCCUCAAGUCCUUCUUCCUGAAUCGCUGAUGACGGUCUCGCCCUCUGC